AUGUCGGUCGUCGCCUCCUCGCAACCUCAAUCGCGCGAGCGAUCAUUGGAGAGAUCGAUCUCAAGACCAUCUUUAACCCACUCGUCAAGUUCAACAAUCGAUGAUUCACCUAGCUCACAGUUACACCUUAAUCAAACUCCCUCCUCAACAGAAGAAACAGAAACGUUAAUAACUCCAAUUGACCCUCCAGUAUUUCACGUACAGAUCAAGAACGGUUCUUCACAUAUCAAAAUCGAUAAUACCAUUGAUGAGGAACUAGAGCAAGAGUCCGAACAUAAACAUCCAAUCAAAGAGACUAAAAAAGGUAGAUUGAAUUUAAGUAAAUCGAUGCAGACUUUAAGAAAGAAGAAAGGGAUAGAAAAAGGUAGAGAGAGAGCCUCAAGUGUUGGUGAAAAAAACGCACCUCCAGUACCUGCUCUUCCCACCAUAUCAGAGAAAAAGCCAACUUCUCAACCAAAAUCAUCAGCUCCUAUCCCUACCAGACCACCUAUGCCCACCAAACAAUCCUCUGGAUUUUCAUCUUUCCUUCGUAAGAUUACUGGAAGAUCCAACACAUCACCAGCACCUUCAACGAGCGCAUCUGACAAAGCAGCAAAAGAUGCUACUUUGGCCAAGCGGAAAACCUUAGCUGUAGGAUCGGAAAAGCCUGCGUUGUCAAAAAUCGAUACUUCGAAAAGCGAGAAAGGACCCGUUUCGGCUGUAUCAAAAAUCAGCCAAACACCAUCUGCAAAACAGAUGGUGCAGUCUCCCAUGCCUAUCACACCUGUUACUCCAGCAUUAGUAAGACCAGAAUUACCGAAAGAAACAGAUCCUUUGCGAAUCCCUUUACCGCCUUCUCCAGUCCUCGAACAAUCGAUGGAAUUACCAUCAAUUCCAACACCUUCUGUUGAUUUUUCUGCUUCCACCCCGCCAGCUUCAGUAUCAGUACCUACUGUGACGAAGAAGAAAGCAGAAGGCAUGUUGAGUCUUGAGGGUUUCGAAUUUGAGGAGGAAGAAGAACCAUCUCAUAGCGCUCCUGCCGUUCCUCAAGCACCGGUAUUGGCACCCGUAGUAGAUAUCACGGCUACUCCAUCUCAGAAAGAGACGGAGCAAAUGGAAGAAUCGCAUGAUGUCGUCAGACCGCUAGCUCCAAUCCGAAUUCCAUCGAGAAAUAACACUGCUGGUCCAGCAUCAGCGAACAGUUUGAGUUUGAACGGUACAAUCAGUCCUUCUUCCGCGGAAUCGAAAAUCAACACUCCCCUCUCAGCUACAUCACCUUCAUCAGUGAUUCCCCAAAUGCGAAAUAAACCUUCUCCACAACAACCACAUCUUGGUUUAUCUCCCGAGAAGAUGUUUGAAGGCAUCAAACUGGCUGGGUCCAGUCCACCUCGUAAAGCUCCCGUUGGAACGGGCUCUAUGGGUGAUCUGGGUAGAAAGGAAAGUAAAUGGAGAAAAUCGGUGAUGAAUAUAUCAGAAAAGACCCUUCCUUCCAAAAGACAAUCCGCGCGACCUCCUCCAACAUCACAUGACGCAUAUCGAAUGCAACAAGAACGUCUGGCUCGAAAUCGACAAUCUUGCGCUCCGACUCUCCACUCAUCCGCUUCUAUCGCUGCAGCUGCCAGAGGUCAAAUGUCAGGUAUGAAGAUGAGUAAGGAUGAAGAAGAUAUGGCCGAGACUUUUUUCCUGUCAUAA